CAAGCGAGAAAGAAAAAUCAUGAAAGCAACUUUCUAAAGUUUAUGGAACUUAGAUAACUAUAUUCUCGUUCCAAUAAUAAGUCGCGUUAUCGAUCGGAAGAUUCUAAAUUUCGACGUGUGCGGUGACGAAAUACAUCAAGUAGUUCCACUGAUCUCUAUUCCAGUUUCUUUCUAUGGUAUAUAAUCGUGUGUUUGUGUAGCGGCCGCAUCACAAUUCCCGUUGAUGAUUGUGAGAAGAGAGAGAGCGCUUUUUUUCAAGAUGAAUACGCGCACGUUCUUCUAGGGGGCUCGAGAUAGCACACGUGAUAUAUAUUCUUCACCUUCCGCAGUCCCUCUUUUCCUUUUCAAAAACGAAAGCGGAGGAGAUAAUAGCCAAGCCGGCUCAUCUGUGUAUUCGAAUCUCCUCUUCAAACGACGACGCAGCGUCCCACUGGUCUGCAGCAUUAUUUCGGAGCAUUUAUUCGUCCUGCGACGAGAGGAGAGACGUUUCUUAGAAGAAUAGUGUGAUAUACCACGUUCGAUGAGCGGAUGAAAAUCUCAUAAAUAAGAAGAGAAAGGAAAAAACAUACACGAGAUUAAAAUGGAAACGUCUCACAAUAAAGAUAACAAGAUAGAACAGUGUACUGAAGUAAUGUCUUCUAUUUCUAUAGAAGAAUCAAAAUGUACAAGGCCACGUAGUAAAGGUGAAACCAGAGGACAAAGGUCUACUGGUCUUACGCAUGAAUGCGGUGUUUUUGGAUGUAUUGCUGCAGGGGAUUGGCCAUCGCAAAUUGAUGUUGCACAAGUUGUUUGUCUAGGUUUAGUAGCACUUCAGCACCGUGGUCAAGAGUCCGCUGGCAUAGUUACAAGCGAGGGUGUGUGCUCCAAGUCAUUCCACGUACAUAAGGGUAUGGGAAUGAUCAAUAAUAUUUUUAAUGAUGAAAUUAUGAGGAAGCUUAGAGGAAAUCUCGGAAUUGGUCAUACUAGAUACAGCACAAGUGCAGCCAGUGAAGAAGUCAAUUGCCAACCAUUUGUGGUACAUACUGCGCAUGGGGCAUUGGCAGUUGCUCAUAACGGAGAACUCGUAAAUACUGAAUCUCUUAGAAAAAUGGUAUUAGGUCGAGGUGUUGGUCUGUCAACACACUCAGAUUCGGAGCUUAUAACACAAGCACUCUGUUUGAAUCCGCCAGAAGGCGAACUCAACGGACCAGAUUGGCCUGCGCGUAUUAAGCACCUUAUGCAAUUGGCACCAUUAUCAUAUUCCUUAGUUAUAAUGCAAAGAGAUAAAAUUUUUGGCGUCAGAGAUCCGUACGGGAAUCGACCUCUUUGUUUAGGAAAAAUAGUACCAAUUGGCAAUCUAGCAAGUAACGAGUCUGAUGACGAAGAUGAUGAAGCAGAGGGCUGGGUGAUUUCAUCUGAAUCGUGUGGAUUUUUGAGUAUCGGCGCAAGAUACGUUCGCGAAGUGUUUCCUGGUGAAAUUGUUGAACUGACUCGAGAAGGCAUUAAAACUAUCGAUAUAGUAGAAAGACCGAACAAAAAACCACAGGCAUUUUGCAUUUUCGAAUAUGUCUACUUCGCUAGAAGUGACAGCAUUUUUGAAGGACAAAUGGUAUAUUCCGUACGAAUGCAAUGUGGACGUGUAUUAGCAAUGGAAUCGCCAGUUGAAGCAGAUAUAGUAAGCUCUGUACCCGAAAGUGGAACCGCAGCUGCCCAUGGAUAUGCCAGGCAGUCCAAAAUACCUUUUGCUGAAGUACUUUGCAAGAACAGAUACGUGGGAAGAACGUUCAUUCAGCCUAGUACACGACUGAGGCAGCUCGGAGUAGCUAAGAAGUUUGGAGCUUUGUCAGAGAAUGUAAAGGGCAGAAGAAUCAUACUUAUUGAUGAUUCCAUCGUCAGAGGAAAUACAAUCGGUCCGAUUAUCAAAUUGUUACGAGACGCAGGAGCUAAGGAAGUUCACAUCAGAAUAGCAUCACCACCAUUAAAAUAUCCAUGCUACAUGGGCAUCAAUAUCCCGACGAGAGAAGAACUUAUCGCGAAUAAGCUUGAUAGUGUAAAAUUGGCCAAGCAUAUAGGAGCAGAUAGUUUAUCGUACCUGUCGGUUGAGGGACUUGUUGAAGCAGUUAGAUAUCGCAUGGACAAUCGUGAAAGUAAUUAUAUUGGACACUGUACUGCUUGUCUAACAGGGGAGUAUCCAGAUGAACUUCCUAGUGACCUUGAUUGGUAAAGAUGUCAUGAUUUUGAGUCUAGAAGCAAACGAAAUUCUUGUUUUUUUAAUACAUGAAUAACGAAAAGUGAUAUACAUUCGUAAAAUACUAUAUUAUUAUAAAUAUAUUUGCAUAUCUAAAUACU